AUGCGAACGGAUGGCAGUGCAUUUAACGCACAACAACACACAUUGACGGAAGUGCGUGUCGAUUUGCCGUUGUCGGAUACGCAGCGGAGCACGAUAUAUGCGCUCUCGACUCCUCCGGGGAAAGCUGGCGUGGCCGUCAUCAGGAUAUCGGGACCAGAUGCUCUGAAUAUAUGGGGAGCUAUGGUCUGUCAUGGCUCGAGUGCGAGCAAAGGCAAACGUUCAACAAGAGAACCUAUACCAUGGAAGAUGUAUAAGUGUGGGAUCGUUCACCCUGCCUCGGGGGACUCCCUGGAUGAUGGUCUUGCGGUCUAUUUCAAGGCGCCGAGAUCCUUCACGACGGAGGAUGUUGUGGAGUUGCAUAUUCAUUCAGGCCGAGCUAUUAUAUCCUCCGUCCUAACAGCGUUGUCCCAUCUCCCUUUUGCUCGGCAUGCCGAACCCGGCGAGUUUACUCGGCGUGCUUUCAAAGGCGGGCGCCUUGAUCUAACGCAAGUCGAGGGAUUGAAGGACCUCAUUAAUGCAGAGACCGAGAGCCAGCGACGGGCUGCGCUGAAGGCAGCCGGGGGCAUCACUAGAGUCCGUUUUGAGCAGCUCAGAAAAGAGAUCAUUCAGUGCUUGGCACUCGUGGAAGCCCUCAUUGAUUUUGGGGAAGGAGAAGAUAUCGAAGAAGGCACAUACGAUCUAGCUAGGUUACGGGUGCAAGAUCUUUGCCGCACGCUUGAAGCGCAUCUAGCAGAUAGCCGGAGAGGGGAAAUAUUGCGAUCGGGCAUACGCUUGGCGAUUUUUGGACCUCCCAAUGCAGGCAAGAGCAGCUUACUGAACUUUCUUGCUCAGCGGGAGGCUGCAAUAGUCACCCCGAUCCCAGGAACAACGCGAGAUAUUCUGGAAUUGUCGCUUGAUAUUGGCGGGUUGCCCGUGCUCAUUGCUGAUACAGCCGGUAUACGACAGACUGAGGAUGUCGUUGAAAGUAUUGGCGUCGAGCGCGCUGAGAAGCUGGUUCAGGGUGCAGACGUCUCGCUUUGUGUUCUGUCGCUGCCCGAGAUCCUCCAGCAACGAUCUGCUGAGCAAUUUGAAGUCACAAUACCACCCGCGGUGUCAUCCCUCAUUGGCCGGGACACGUUUAUACUACUGAAUAAAAUGGACGCAGUCGACCUAACGCAUAUUCCUCUCGAUCAUCUACAUACAAGCAUCGGCACGGAGCAAGCUUGGAGUGUCAGUUUGACUACAGGCGAAUGUACGCAUGCCUUCCUCGACAACUUUGCCCAAGCUCUCCAGCAGCGGUCGGUGACAUUUCAAGCCUGCCUCUCGCAUACUGAUCAUGUACAUAGAUUUGACCUACUGCAAGAACAUGAAGCGCAUCGAGAAGAGCCCCUCAUUACACACGCCAGGCACCGUGCGCACCUCGAGGAUGCUCUCCAGUUUCUCCGUGCUUUCUUGGACUACUCUUCUGCAGAUGUUGUGUUCGCCGCAGAGGAACUUCGGUAUGCUGCACAGGCCGUGGGCAAGGUCUCGGGAACGAUUGACGUUGAGGACAUUCUUGACGCUGUAUUCCGUGAUUUUUGCAUCGGCAAGUGA